CCCUGCCCUCCGGCCGUCCGCACGAACCCGCCCCCUUGCCGUUUCUCCCCCCCUCCCCUGUCCUCCGCACGCCAACAUGUCUCGCGGCAGCAGCGCCGGCUAUGACCGUCACAUCACCAUUUUCAGUCCCGAGGGCCGCCUCUACCAAGUGGAGUACGCCUUCAAGGCCAUCACCUCGGCCGCGCCGUUGACCGCUCUGGCGGUCACAUCCAACUCCUGCGCGGUGCUGGUGUCGCAGCGCAAGAUCCCCGAGCGCUUCGUCGACCCGACCUCCGUGUCGCACAUCCACUCGGUGUCGCGCGGUGUGGGCUGCAUCACGCUCGGCCGCACGGGCGACUGCGUGGCCCAGCUGGCCCGCAUGCGCGAGGAGGCCGCCCACUCGGAGUACAAGCUCGGCAUGCCGAUGGGGGCCGAUGUGCUGGCCCAGCGCAUGGCCUCCCUGGCGCAGGUGUACACCCAGCAGGCGUACAUGCGCCCCCUGGCCGUGGCCACCCUGCUGGUGGCGGCCGAUGAUGAGCGUGGCCCGCUGGUCUUCCGCGUGGAUCCGGCCGGCCAUGCGGUGGGCUUCCGGGCGGUGGCCAUCGGCCAGCGCGCCCAGGAGGCCAUGUCCGCCCUGGAGAAGCGUUACAAGGCCACCCGGACCACGACGCUGGCCGAUGCCGGCGAUGGGGACAUCGACCCGGCCGACGCCAUCGACGCCUCGACCAUCGCCAACAUGGAUGUCAAUGCCACCAUCGAUCUGGCUCUGUCUGUCCUGCAGCAGGUUCUCGGCAUGGACCUGACGACCGAGGACUUUGAGGUUGGCGUGGCCGAGGUCGGCGACAACAUCCCCUUCCGCAAGCUCGACUGCUCCGAGCGCGAGGAGGCCAUCCGCCGCAUCCAGGAGGCCGACUAAGCCCCACCAGCCCGUUCAUCAUUGUCCGAUCCCUCGCCCGGCCUGCCGGCCUUUGACCUUGUUUCUCGCCGCAUGUGCGCGCCGGGGAGCUCCUCCUUUGUCUUUCCCUUUUCCUGGCGUGUUUGGCCCCCUCGCCCUCCCCUGCCUCCGGGUCGCGCCCAUUUUCACACCCAUCCCCCUGUACAAAUAUGAUAACCCCUCAAAGAUGCCA